AUGAAAGGUCCUAAUCGCAACGAUGAUUCCCAACUUCGAAUGGGUCGUUUCGGAGCUAUUGAAUUCCGAAAUCCCACUGGAUCCAGAGGUUGGCUAUACAUUACCGGUGCAUGGGGGUUCAGAGAUCACAAUGGAUCUUGUAUCAAGGUGGGAAUGAUGGGCAACCUUUACCAAAGAGGUGCUACCCAUUAUAAAGCUACAAAGGGAACCGGAGGAAAUGUAUCCUUCUACGAUGGAUCAGGGGUCUUCAUCCAGAUAGAAAAACAUGGAUCCAAAACCUUCAGAGAUAGUCAAGGGUAUACCACAACUAUCGACAAAGAUGGAACCGUUUCAUUCGACGGGUUCCCGGAGAAUGAUAAGUCCUCUUCUCCGAACAACAACUCCUCUGCUAGAAGGGCCUCUGUUCACCAACAGCAGUUCAUAGUAGACCGCUCUCCACCUCCAACUUCCGUGAGUCCGGUCAGUGGCCAAUCUAGGAGCCACCACGAACGACCACUUCCUGAGAGUCCACCUCGAUCAGUCUCUCAAUCCAGAACUACCACUGCCAGUCCUGGAAGAGCGAGCACCUAUCGAAGUGAAGAGAACACACAUGCCGAAUAUCACCGACAGCAAAGCGGUUGCUGUUUCCCUGGUCUCAGAAGGAGAAGGAGAUUUAGCAGAGGUUUCAGCGAGAAGAACUACUGA